AUUCCGACCAUAUGACAAGUUGGUUCCCAGGCUUUCAGUCAGGGUCAAUUUUUGUUUGUUUUUGUUUAAUUAUUUCUGACAUUUGAUAAUGCCCAUUCGAAGACGACCACUCAGCUCAGUCACAGUCUAUGUUUUCAUUCAGCUCAACCAAGUAAUAAUUUGAAUUCCUAGCCUCAGAAAAGAUCAAACGUAAGCACAAUAAGCGAGCCAGGAAGCGACGAAAUCGGAAAGAGCACACCAGCAACGGAAAAAUGUCUUAGCGCGGAUUUGCACCUUGUCUUGGGCAUAUUCCUCCAGAUGCGGCUGCGAAAGAUCUAUGAUAGUUAAGUUUAGAGUGUUUCGUUCCAGUGCAGCUUUCUCAAAACCCCAGGAGAGACGAGAGGGAGGCGUUGGAUCCCUAUUGUGUCUAUUAUUGUAAAACUACACAGUACAAGCAAGAGAGAAUCGAAGAAAGUGUGCCUUUGUUGCUUCAAGAUCAAGCUUUUACGCGACUCAUUGGAGAAGUCACGAAGGACUGGCCGCCUCUGCCCGUGUGGGAGUAGUGUGGGGAUUGUGUUGCUCGGCCGUUGAAUGGCCUCACGCUUCCUUCGCUAUGCUAUAUUUGGUGUGUUGCUUCUGUUGCUCUCGAUUUUUCACGUUCAAGCUACCGUUACAAACGUAAGACUCACAGUAGGAUACAACUCCUCCUCUACCCACUAUGGAACCGUAGAAGUCUUGCACAAUGGGUCCUGGGGAGGAAUUUGCGACGAUUCUUGGGACAUCAACGAUGCACACGUCAUCUGCCGCCAGUUGGGAUACCUGUGGGCGCUAUCGGCGCCAUGCUGUUCUAUAUUUGGGCUUGGUCCCAAUCCCAUUGUUCUCGACGACGUUAAUUGUCAUGGCAACGAAAAUGAUAUCAGCGAGUGCGAUCAUAGACCCUGGGGACAACACGAUUGCAACAUGUGGCAGUUUGCUGGCGUUAUCUGCCGACCCGAGAACUAUACGACAGCGUUUCAAAAAGUUCGCCUUACAGGAGGAGCUGUUCCUCAGGCUGGCCGCGUAGAGAUCUAUAACGCAGGGAUCUGGGGCGACAUCAAUCAGUUUGGUUGGGAUAUGAUAGAUGGUCACGUGCUUUGUAAGGGGCUUGGUUACCCAGGAGUUUUGGCUGUAACCUACAGAUCUAAGCACUUGUUUCAUGUGCACUUAAUGUUCACUUGGGCCAAAACUGUCAAUUGCCAUGGUAAUGAGACGUCAUUGCUGGAAUGUGACAUUGCCAUAGAAACCAGGCGUGUGUCUUAUGGGUAUGACGCAGGAGUUGUUUGUAAAACAGAAAACGACACCGCCCUCCAAUUUAGACUGAGAAACUCGACCGUGAUGCAUGCUGGUCGUGUGGAAGUGCUCAUCGCGGGGAUCUGGGGCGGAGUAAGCUUCCAGCAUUGGACGAUCAAUAGUGCGCAUGUCUUUUGUCGUCAUGUUGGCUACACAGGGGCAGAUAUGGUGGUCAGCGGUGCUUCAAUUUUAUUCAAACUCAGCCACACCAUUAAGUGGGCUCACGAGAUCCGUUGCCAUGGUAACGAACUGUCACUCAACCAGUGUAACAUUACUGUGCUGUCCAACCCCAACAUCGAAAAUGACGCUGGUGUCAUCUGUGCGACAAAUGCUUCAGACACCAGAGUGAGGCUCACCGGAAGUUCCUACCCCUUUGCUGGCCUCGUCAGCGUAAAGCUUGCCGGGGUAUGGGGCACCGUGGACAACAGGGACUGGAGCCAAACAGAUGCCGACGUCCUUUGUCGUAGCCUCGGAUACCCGGGAGUCCUUUAUCCUAUCCUUUUCGCGACUAAAGUGUUUGGGCAUGGUUCCGGUCCAGUCUGGAUUACGGACUUGCGUUGCCAAGGAAACGAGACUGGUAUGUUGUCAUGCCAACGAUCUAUGUCGUUUAGCGGCGUGUGGUCACAUGACCAAGAUGCAGGCGUCGUAUGUCGUGAGAAUGGGACCCAGUUAUCUCAAGUUCAAGUCCGUUUAGAAGGGGCCUCGGUUUCUUAUGCUGGCCGAGUCGGGGUCUCUUUGAUGGGAGACUGGGGAACAAUAAGUGCUGUCAAUUUCACCAAGCCUGCCGCGGACGUCAUAUGUCGACAGCUAGGAUUCCCAGGAUCCCUUGAGGCCCUUGGGUAUGGUGCGUUUGGUCCUGGCUUGGGUCCAACGUGGUUAGAGGGAGUCGGUUGCUACGGCAACGAGAGGAAUCUGAGCCAAUGUACUUUGGGUGUUUUGAGUCCUGUGUAUCCUACGCAUAUGAAUGACGCCGGAGUGAUUUGCGACAAAGGAGAAAAGUUUGAGAAAGAUUUCCAAGUUCGCAUCGUCGGAGGUAGCCAUGUUGGCCGUGUCGAGGUGUGCUUGAAAGGGGUCUGGGGAAGCGUAGUCCACGUGCUGAAAACGUCCCUAGUCCAGUUUGGUCACGUGGUUUGUAGACAGCUUGGCUAUCCAGGCGUCGUGAGGCCAAUCAGGAACGCCGCUACCAAAUAUGGUCGUGGGAGUGGCCCGGUGUGGAUGACGCACGUUAGUUGCUAUGGUAACGAAAGCUGGGUCGGUGAUUGUGCGUAUGACCGGAGCUUUCAUGCGCGGUACCCUGAAGUAGGCGUCGAGUGCAAUCAAACCGGUAUGACAGGCACAACAACAAUAUCUCCAACAAACUCCACAGUGAGAAAUGUCACAACGACUCCGUAUAUAACGAUUCUUAGCACAGCGUCUGCAAAAUCCAGCACAUCACCACAAGGAAAGUCGCCGCUGACCGAGUUCAUUGUGAUCGGGUUACCGGUCAUGGGUGGAGUACUCAUGUGCCUCGUCGCGCUCUUUUGCAUCGUUCGAUACUGUCGGGGGGAGAGACAGGCAUACGACACGAACAGUGAGCUGAUGCGGAUGAAUAAUGUCAGUGGGAGACCUGGCGACAGUCCGACAGAUCACUCCUUCGCGUUUACUAACACCGCCCUGGAGAACGGCAACGUGCUCAGCUUCAAGUCCUUGAGCGACGAAAAAGACUGGUGCGAGAUUCCGCGGCGCAAGGUGUCUCUGGGUAAUAAACUCACAUCCGGGACAAUACGGAUGUCGUUCUCCGGUCGCCUGAUGACUGACGGGGGUCCUGUGGACUGUCUGGUUAAGAUGUUAAGAGAUUCAAGUAAUAAGGACGAUGAAGCAGAUCUCACCAAUGAACUGAAGACUAUGUGCUGUCUUGGCUCACACCCUAACAUACUUUGUCUACUUGGGGCAUGCUCGCUCAAAGGUCCGCUUUACCUCGUGAUGGAAUUCCCGGAGCACGGAUCGUUACUGAAGUACCUCCAAGAGCACCAGCUGUCGUACGAUAUCCAUGACAACGACUCCGAUAGUGCAACAUGCUCGUUACCACGUGCAGAGAAACUCAGGAUAGCACGUGACGUGGCGUGCGGAAUGGCAUAUCUAGCGGAGAAAAAGUGUGUUCACCGAGAUUUGGCAGCAAGAAACAUCUUCCUUGGCAAUAGCGGCACCGCCAAAAUAUCCAAUAUCGGUAUAUCGCAGGAUAUCUAUGAGAGGCAAUUCUACGAGAAAGUAUCAAAGGGAAAGCUGUCAGCUCGCUGGAUGUCUCCAGAGUCUCUAGAAUCCAUGAUCUUUACCACAAUGAGUGAUGUCUGGUCUUAUGGAAUUUUGCUAUGGGAAAUUGAAACUGGAGGGUCUAUCCCGUACUCCGAUCUACACCCGGAUGAAUUACUGGAGAAACUCAAGGCAGGACACAGACUGAAGAAUCCAAUAAAAUGCCCUGAAAAAAUUUCCGACAUCAUUUCCAAAUGCCACAGUAACAACCCAAACGAGAGGCCCGCGUUCCAGGACAUCUGCAUUUGGAUUGAAGAAUUAGUCGCCAAGGCAACAUCGUGCUAGUAUAAUUUCAAGGAUAACAAGCCAACACGCCUAAAUAUUCCGCAAUUUAUCUGACUUCCAAAAAGGCACACCAAUUAGAGAGUGGAAGCUGUCUGUACCGAUUCCGCGGCGUCCAAGCUGCCACGAGGAUUUUCUUUGCUAGUCGUUUACAUCAAUCAAAAUGAAGACUAUAUGUGUUGAGCCCAGUACAAACAGCCUAGACUGAACUGGGAUUUUUACAGCAUCUCUGGCCAGGCGCGUUCCCAGGAUCGGCGGAGGGGGGGGGGGGACGCAGUCAAAGGUAUCAUAUGGAAAAAGCAUAGUUUUUAAAGAUUCCUUAAUAACAAAUGACUCACUUUUUGCCGCCAAGGUGGGGGUGGGGGUGGGGCUCACCCUGCGCACCCCCCUGUGUACGCGCCUGCUGGCGGUUAUCCCGCAGGCAAAUCAUGACCGAUGUUCGGCGCUAUCUGAAAAAGGCUUAACCUACUUAGCCUCCCAAGGAACUGAUCAAAGUCGUGUCGUGACCUUCUCCUAACCAAAAGAGAGAGUUAAAUGCGACACACGAAAAAUGCGGCUUUGGGUGGAUAUACCACCCUCACCUUACGAGAACCUUACGAGAACAUUACGAAAACAUUACGAGAACCUUACGAGAACCAUACGAGAAUAUUACGAGAACCUUUAGUAAACGUUUUAUAUAAGGUUCUAAAAGGAGAUUUCAAUAUUAUAUAAUUUUGGAUUUGACUAUUUUAUAGCACAAUCUUUUAUCAAUGAAAUGAGAGAACGUUAUUGAGCUUUUUUAUAACCAGAAGCCAUCCACCAUCAAUUAUUAUUGAAAUGAAAAGUGUAAUAUUG